AUGUCUAUGGCCUUAGCCGGAGUUGGAGUCGGAACGCACCUAACCUAAAUCUUGGAUUAUUCCAAGAAUUAUUGCGUGUUUAUAACUGCGAUGGUAUGUUGACAAUAUAAAAUUAUAAAAUAUUCUUAGAAACGUAAAAAUGCUGGAACGUAAAGAUGACGAAGGAAAUUUAUAUGCUUUUAAUGAGGAGGAUUUACCAUAUGAAGAAGAAAUUUUACGAAAUCCAUAUUCAGUGAAACAUUGGCAACGCUAUAUCGAUCAUCUUAAAAAUACAAACAGUAAAAAUUUAAAUGUGGUAUAUGAACGAGCAUUAAAAGAACUUCCGGGAAGUUACAAGCUGUGGUAUAAUUAUCUUCGACAACGUGUGAGUCAAUUAAAAGGGCGAUGUAUAACAGAUCCAUUAUAUGAAGAUGUUAAUAAUGCAUUUGAACGAGCUUUAGUAUUUAUGCAUAAAAUGCCACGUAUAUGGAUGGAUUAUUGUACGCUAAUGACCGAAGAAUGUUAUAUAACACGAACGCGUCAAGUGUUUGAUCGGUCUCUUAGAGCACUUCCUAUCACGCAGCAUCAUCGUAUAUGGCCAUUAUAUAUUCAUUUCUUAAAGAAACAUAAUGUUUAUGAGACUGCUGUUAGGGUCUUUAGAAGGUAUUUGAAGCUAGCACCAGAAGAUACAGAAGAAUAUAUAGAGUAUUUGAUAUCAAUUGCAAGACUUGAUGAGGCUGCUGUAAAACUUGCGCAGAUCGUCAACCAGGACGAUUUUGUAUCGAAACAUGGAAAGUCUAAUCAUCAACUAUGGAAUGAAUUAUGUGAUUUAAUAUCAAAAAAUCCUUCCAAGAUUAAGUCUUUGAAUGUAGAUGCUAUUAUUAGAGGCGGUUUAAGACGAUAUACUGAUCAAUUAGGACCUUUAUGGAAUUCAUUAGCAGAUUAUUAUGUCCGAAGUGGUCUCUUUGAAAGGGCGAGGGACAUUUAUGAAGAAGCUAUACAGACUGUUACCACCGUCAGAGAUUUUACGCAAGUUUUCGAUGCUUAUGCGCAAUUUGAAGAACUUAGUCUUAAGAAGCUUAUAGAAGAAGCAGCAAAAAAUCCUACUGAAGAAGAUGACAUAAAAUUAGAAUUGAGACUGGCGCGAUUGGAACAUCUUAUGGAAAGGAGGCUAUUGUUGCUCAAUUCUGUAUUAUUAAGACAAAAUCCACACAAUGUAGCGGAAUGGCAUAAAAGAGUAAAACUUUAUGAAGGGCAGCCACAUGAGAUAAUUAAUACAUACACAGAAGCAGUGCAGACAGUGCAACCACAGUUGGCAGUUGGUAAAUUGCAUACAUUAUGGGUUGCGUUUGGUAAAUUUUAUGAGGAAAAUGGACAAAUAGAAGAUGCUAGAGUAGUAUUUGAAAAGGCGACUCAUGUUCCGUACACCAAAGUAGACGAUCUUGCUUCAGUAUGGUGUGAAUGGGCAGAAAUGGAAAUUAGACAUGGGAACUGCAAAGAAGCUUUAAAACUCAUGCAUCGUGCUACUACAAUGCCAGCUAGAAAAGUAGCAUACCACGAUGAAACGGAAACAGUACAAAUGAGAUUAUACAAAUCUUUAAAAGUCUGGUCUAUGUAUGCAGAUUUGGAAGAAAGUUUUGGAACAUUCAAGACUUGUAAAGCAGUGUACGACAAAAUAAUCGAUUUGAAAAUCGCAACUCCUCAAAUUAUCAUCAAUUAUGGAUUAUUUUUGGAAGAAAAUAAUUACUUUGAGGAAGCAUUUAGGGCAUAUGAAAAAGGUAUUGCGUUGUUCAAGUGGCCUAAUGUUUAUGACAUUUGGAACACAUACCUCACAAAAUUUUUACACCGUUAUGGUGGUACAAAACUAGAACGUACCAGAGAUCUGUUCGAGCAAUGUUUAGAAUAUUGCCCACCAAAAUAUGCCAAGGCUUUAUAUUUGUUAUACGCAAAGCUAGAAGAAGAACAUGGCUUAGCAAGACAUGCCAUGUCUGUAUAUGAACGUGCGACGAAUGCUGUUCUCCCGGAAGAAAGAUUUGACAUGUUCAAUAUAUAUAUAAAGAAAGCUGCCGACAUAUAUGGUGUGCCGAAAACUCGACAAAUAUAUGAAAAAGCUAUAGAAGUCUUGAAUGAUGAAAACACAAGAGAAAUGUGUUUACGAUUUGCAGAAAUGGAGACCAAGUUAGGAGAAGUAGAUAGAGCAAGAGCGAUAUACGCGCAUUGUAGCCAAAUAUGCGAUCCGAGAGUCACGUCCAACUUUUGGCAAAUUUGGAAAGAAUUUGAAGUCAGGCAUGGAAAUGAGGAUACAAUGCGUGAAAUGCUUCGAAUCAAACGUAGCGUGCAAGCUAUGUAUAACACUCAAGUAAACAUGAUGUCUGCACAAAUGUUGAAUAACGCAUCCAAUCAAAUAUCGGAUGUUCCAAUGGAUGCUAUGCGUUUAUUAGAUAGUAAAAUUACAUCUAGUGCAGAUAAUGCAGCUGAUAUCAAAGGAGGCAUCAAAUUUGUACGUGGUGUAACAGAAAAGGAUGGUAAACCUGAAUCUCAUGUGAAUAAUCCAGAUGAGAUUGAUAUCGAUAUAGAUGAUGAAAAUGAUAAUGACGCAGAAAUAGAAGAAGAUGUACCGAUCGAGAAACAAACUAUACCGUCACAAGUAUUUGGAAGUUUAAAAGCAAUUCAAGCUGAAGAGGAUUGAGGUUUUAAUUAGAUAGUAUUGUGAUUGAUUAAUGUCUACGUGUGCAACUGUAUUGCAAGCAUCGACAAUUAAUUAGCAACUAUAAUCUUAUAAAACCUAUUAUUUUGAUUAUUAAAUCCAUUGUUUAAGUCUCCUAUUAUAUUCAUAGAGUCGUAUUAUGUAUUUAUAUCAAUUUUUAAGUAAUUCUUAAAUAAAACAAAAGUAUGUAUAUACAAUUACAAGGUA